ACGACACUGAUGACAAUCAAAGACCUUUACUGGACAUCGCAGAAUAACAAAAUUUUUCGAUAGCGAGAGGAAGCAGAAUACAUUGAUGGUGACAUCAUUUACUUCUCUGGCAGAGAUCAGCGCAUCUGGAGGAUUGUAGGAUGCAAAGGGGUUUCUCAGUGAAACAAAGAUGAGUGUGACAUCAUGGUUCCUGGUCAGCAGCUCUGGUACUCGUCACCGUCUGCCACGGGAAAUGAUCUUUGUCGGACGAGAGGACUGUGAGCUCAUGCUGCAGUCUCGUAGUGUGGAUAAACAGCAUGCUGUCAUCAACUACAACCCUGCCACAGAUGAGCACCUGGUCAAGGACCUGGGGAGCUUGAAUGGAACCUUUGUGAAUGACUUGAGAAUUCCAGACCAAACAUACAUCACUCUCAAGCUGUCGGACAUUGUUCGUUUUGGAUAUGAUUCCCAUGUAUAUGUUCUGGAGAAGAGUCAACAUAGUCCGGAAGAGGCACUUAAGCAUGAAAAAUACACCAGUCAGCUGCAGAUGGGCCUUAAAACCACAGAGGGGAAGCAACAAAAUCUGCAGGACGAGAGUUCCAAAUUAGAACGGUCUGAACGCAAGAGUCUCACAGAGGCCCCUUUGCCCAGACCCACACCAUUGUAUGGUCAGCCAUCAUGGUGGGGAGAGGAGGACUCUGGGAACAAGGGAAUACACAAUGAAAUGCGUAGGCCAGGUGACGGUCAUUCAGAAGUCACUAAGGAGGGCCCGACAGUUGAGGAUGAAUUCAGCGGUUCUGUUCAGGAGAUCCAUGACAGCCAGGCCAAGUCAUCCUACCUGUACCACCGGGAGCCAAGCUACUUUGAAAUCCCAACAAAAGAGGUCCAGACGGACCCCAAGUCCCCAGUGACAGACCUAAGCGACAUUCCAACCAAAGACACCGAUGUUCAUUUGACCUCCACACCUCCUGUUGCCCAGAGUCAUGCUUCUUUUACCAUUGAGUUUGAUGACUGCAUGCCAGGCAAGAUUAAAAUCAAGGAUCAUGUGACUAAGUUUUCCUCUCGUCAACGAAGCAAGCAGCAGCCGCCCUGUAAACCUCUGGCAGCCACACCAACAGAUGUGCUUUCAGCUGAAUGCAAGGUAGCAGACUGGCUUACGCACAGUGAUGUUAGCAUGAUGUGCAGGCGGCCACCUUGUGAGGAUGAGUACAGCACAAAGAGUGACCUGGCAAUGCAAAUUAGAACACUCAAAGGACACCAUCAUGAAGAUGGAACCCAGAGUGAUUCUGAAGACCCAGUAAUGAAUGAAAAACACAGCAAGUCUCAUCAUUCCAUGCAAUCCCAAUCAUCAGUACAGUCACACCAAUCAACUCAAUCAAAGAUAUCAAAACAGUCAGAAUCAGUUGUUUCCCAGCAGUCCGUCUCAAUGCAGAAAUCUCAUUAUCCUCAGUCAGUCUCACCACCAAAACACCCUCAAGUAGAUAAUGAGGAAACUGAGGCUCUACCUGUCCAAGAAGCUUCCUCUCCACCCCAUACAGAGGUUAAGCCCAUUUACCCUGAGCUUCAUGCCCAACAGGCCUUCAUAAUUGAGUUUUUUGAUGAUAAUCCCCGAAAGAAGCGCUCACAGUCCUUUACCCACAACUCUGCCAAUGCUGACUCAUACUCAGCAUUGAAGGCAAAACUAGAAAGACGCAAAGGUGGAGCUCACAGUGAAAGGCCUGCCUCUGUUCAUGGACAUAUUCCUCCAACGCAGCAGACCACUGUUCCACUAAAAGGUUCAGGCCCUGGAGGUCCACAGCGGUCAAGCUCCCUGAAGAGAGAGAAGACAGAAGAUAGUGGAAACAGCGCAUCUUUAUUGGGAACCUCAUCUCGCUCCACACCAGCCAUCACCAUCAAGCCUUUUGGUAGUGUGGGCAAAAAGUCCAAACAAGCUCAAGAAUUUGCUGCAGAGUUCCUGAUAGACACAGGAAAGACAUCCCCACCUCCCAUGUCUGCGCCACCUGUGAUGAUGUCCCCAUCACACACUCAUUUACCUUCUUCAGCAGAGCCAUUUGGGCCUUCUUCUAUAUCCUAUCCAUCUUCUCCAUCCCAGCUGCCUGCAUUGUCCCAGUCUCUUUUCCCAGCAUCCUCCCCUGUCCCUGUCCCUUCACAUACCUCUGAGAGGGCUCCAGUUUCUAGUGCCUCUGCAAUCUGUCUCGCUGGGUCAUCUGUGCCCCAGUCUUCUCCAUUAGGAGUAAGUGGUGUAGACUCUAAGGGCACAAGGGUGGCACGAACCGAGGAGGAGGAUAGUUUGAGUGAUGCUGGUACCUACACUAUUGAGACUGAGUCACAAGAUAAGGAAGUGGAAGAGGCUAGAAGUAUGAUUGACCAGGUGUUUGGUGUGUUAGAUGCACCAGAGUACAGUGGUCAGACCCUUGGAGUUUAUAGACCUGUCAUCGAUGAUGAUAAAGAGGAACAAGUAUUCUUUAGUCAUAACCAUCAUGGGGCAGUUUAUGUAAUAUCGACAUCAGCUCAGGGACAUGGUGGGGACCAAGUCAGUCCAGUGCAGGCACAUGCUGACAUGGCAGGCCCUAAAUGGGUUUCACGCUGGGCCAGCUUAGCGGACACUUACAGUGACCCUGGGUCAACGCAAGGAUCCAUUGGCACCACACCUCAAGGGGGAUUUGCAGACAGAGAUGGCAGAGUGACAUUAAUAGUUAGUCAAAGCUUGGAUAUCUCAGAAUCUGAGUGCAUUCAAGGGUCCAGGACUAGACGACUACUUCCCCAGGUCCCACCUGGAGAGAAACUGGAGAAUACAACCCCCAGUAUCUUUAUCCGCCACGAGACAAGCAUGGAUCAUGAGCCACCAGAGAAAGGUUCCAGAGCACCACAGCAGGAGGACUGCACUCAAAGGCUACGUGUCCAAGACGAUGUAGACCCAGACAGUCUGAGUGACACCAGUCGUUCAGAUGACAGCUCUAUCCUUGAUAGGAGUGGAAGGAGCCAAGGAAAAAGAGGAACCACAGCACACUCACCAUCUGAAAAUGUCAACCAUUCCAGAGUCAGAGAGAUGCCACCACCCACUCCCAAACCCACUUCAUUUUAUAUUGGGUCUGAGGAUGGUUCAUGCAAGUCAGAUACAUCCAAAAGCCCCAUUCUGUCACAGCCAGAGAGAGAAUACUCUCCCAAGAUACCUCCAACCACUGUCUUGAUACGACACUUGAGUGGCCAUGAGCCUAGGCGACCAGUGAAGCCCAACUCGUCAGCCCCAAAUCUUCAGACCCAGGACAGGGAUGUGGUGCCCACCAAAGAUACCUCCACCUCAUUUGUUCGACAGGACAGUUUUACCAAAGAUAGGUCAAAUGAUAGCAUCCAAGUAAAGAAAUUGCCACAUAUCUCCAGUCAUCCUGCUUUGAGAAGCUUGGAUGCAGAUGAAGCUGUUCGAGGUACAUCUCCCUUUCCUAAAGAAGCUGAAAGAUCUUUGGUGUCACCAGAGGACAAGUUAUCCGGAUCAAGUCAACAGUCAAAAAAGGGGAGCUCUCCAGCACAAGAGGACUCUCUGUCUGGUGAAUCUGACGUUGACACUGCUAGUACUGUUAGUAUGGUCAGCAGUAAAAAUGCCGCUAUUAGUGCACCUAAGAAGCGCACUACUGCAAGUGACAAACGUAAGGAGAAAUCAUCUUCCAGUCUACCUGCACAAGAUAAAGGACGACAACCUACAGCCCGUGAGCGACUAUCAGAAAAACGCAGAAAUCAUGCCACUGCAGAAAAUAACAGUAAAUCUGAAGUAUCCCGUCGCCUCCAUCUCCGUCGCAGUGCUGGUAACCGUGGUUCUUUAGAUCUUUCAGAGAAUCAGCAUGGUCAACAGGUUUGGAAUGAAACCGCUUCUUCUGACCAUGAGUCAAGUUCACGGCCGAACGGCCGCAAGAAACUCACAGCACCCUUGCAGAAGGAGGACCCCAAUAAGGUGAACAAAGGAGGCCAUCAGGUGCUGACCCGAUCCAAUAGCCUUUCAGCCCCAAGACCAACCCGUGCCUCCAUGCUCCGGCGAGCCCGGUUAGGUGAGACCUCUGACAAUGAAGGUGCAGAGACAGACCGUGGAUCUCAGAGCUCUGACCACACGAAGACUCCUGCUGAAGGAAAGAAACUCUCAAGGUUGGAUGUUCUUGCCAUGCCUCGGAAACGCACUAGGUCCUUCACCGUUCCAAGUGACAAUGAGUCCACCUCAAACAAGCAUGGAAUUUCAAACCGUUCUGCAGACACGAGUAGCAGUGCAAGGAAAGGGGCUUCAGGUGAGGUGAGGCACCCUACUAGCAAAGGAACCCAAUCAACAGGGAAACACUCCUCAACUCGUAACCGUUCUAACCAGGUUAAUCACAGUAGUACAACUGGUUCCCACCGUAGGCAAAAGAAUUCAGACUAUUCCUCUACCUCAGAGGAGGAAUUUGAGACCAGCACCAACUCUAAACACAAACGCUCCCACUCCUCAGCCUCAACUCAGACACUACAGAAGUCUGUUCAAAUGCGACUAAAAUGCAGCUCUUUGGAAACAGAAGAGGAUGAUGCUCAGAAUGAACACUUCCAGAACUGGUCUACUCAUAGUGCAGAGAUUGCCAGGCUGAGUCAAGACCUGGCUAAAGAUCUUGCCAUUCUUGCACGUGAAAUCCAUGAUGUAGCAGGGGAUGGUGACUCACAGACAUCCUCAGGAAUGGGAACUACCACUUCCCCUGGUUCCAUGCCUAAUACCCCUGCAUCCACUAUUUCAACCAGAGAGGAGGGACCAUAUGCAUCAUUACAGAGGUUCCUGUCACCUCAGCUGGUACAGCAUAUACCCGAGGCAAGUCUGAACUAUCAAAAGGUUCCUCCAGGCUCCACUAGUCCAAUAGACCAGGACUCAAAUAUGAACGACCAUGACAGUUCCAGACGGCGUCCCUGGAACCGUGAAGAGGUCAUUCUGGACAAUUUAAUGUUGAACCCAGUGUCCCAACUCUCCCAGGCUAUCAGAGAGAACACAGAGCAACUGGCAGAGAAAAUGAAGGUUAUGUUUCAAAACAAGACUGAGGUUUGGGAGGAAAUAGAGGCAAAGGUUAAUGCUGAAAAUGAGGUUCCCAUCCUUAAGACAUCCAACAAGGAAAUCUCAUCAAUUCUCCAGGAACUGAGAAGAGUCCAGAAGCAACUUGAGGUGAUCAACACUAUCGUUGAACCUGGAGGAACCCUCAAGAUGCCCUCCAUGGCAACGUCUCCCAGGGGAAAGACCAAAUCUGUUCCCAAGGAGUAUACCAGCCCCACUAAUGCCAACGCAAGCACAAAGCGAGGUCCCCGCGGGCCUGAAGGCGGGCGAUAUGUAGUAUAAGCAUCAUUAACAACCGCACUUUUCUUUGGAGACUGCCAUCUUCGUGGCAUAUUUGUAAAAAUGUUGUGUUGUAAAUAUACGUCACAUGCUUUCUGUAUGACUGCUGACACUCUGCACAAGCUAAAGUAGGUGACACUGUAUUUACAACAAUUGUAACUCGUGGCUUGCUUGGAUGAUGUGGUCAUUCAUGGCAGAGUGAAUGAGUGGGUGUUUUGUUGUUAUCCGUCUUUUUAGCAUUUACUCAAGGUUCAAUUGUCAAUCGUUUUGUGCACUUGGCUGCUAAUGAUUUACAGCAUGAAAAAAGGGUGGAUACACACCACUCCUUAAGUGCUUGCCUGCAAAAUCUCAAUGAAUUAAUCUACAAGGGCAUAGCCUUUAAAGGGCUAGUUUGCCAAAAAAAAUACAAAUUCUCUCAUCGUUUACUCUCCUUCAUGUGUAUGCAAAAAAAUAACGAAGAUUUUUAGAACAAUAAUUUCGCUCUGUAGAUCCAUACAAUGCAAGUGAAUGGUGACCAGAA